GGUAGGGCAAUUGCUGUUAAGUUCCUGGAAGCGGUGUGUGUGGAGUUGGAUUUGGGUUGAGGAUGUUGUUGGCGCCGAUCGCCGUGUUGUUUCUGCCUUGGCUGGAGUCCGCUCUCAGCUUGGGACUCGGAGGGCGGAACAUGUGGUUGAUUAAGCAGAAGGUGCUGCAAUCCCAGGAGCAGAGGGUACAGAAAUACUUGAAGUACAAAACCCUUGUGUUUGGUGGGAUGGCAGGGCCCAAGGAGGGACUGUUCCCACAACCACUGGACCACUUCAACAGGAGGAACAACAGCACUUUCAAGCAGAGAUACUGGGUCAACACUGAGCUGUGGGAGCCACGUCAUGGUCCAGUGUUCUUCUUUAUUGGUGGCGAGCAAACGCUGACAUCGUACAGCGUAUUGGCAGGUGAACAUGUGGACCUAGCACAGAAGUACAAGGCUCUGUUGGUCUCCCUGGAGCACCGGUAUUAUGGGACAAGCAUUAAUCCUGAUGGACUGACCAAUCAGAACAUCCAGUUUCUGUCCAGCCAGCAAGCGCUCGCUGACCUAGCUACGUUCCAUGAGUUCGUUGGCCAACAGUACAACCUGACCAGAAACAAUCGCUGGAUUUGCUUUGGGGGGUCUUACCCAGGCUCCCUGUCAGCCUGGUUCCGACUGAAGUUCCCUCACUUGGUUUUCGCCGCUGUUGCUUCAUCUGCUCCUGUCCGAGCCCAGCUUGAUUUCACCGGAUACAACAAGGUCGUAUCACGGAGCCUGUCAAACCCAGUGGUGGGGGGAUCCAUGAAGUGCCGGUCUGCCGUGGCGAGGGCUUUCUCCCAGUUGGAUGGGAUCCUAGUGGGCAGCAACACCUCCCGGCUGGAGGUCGACUUCAAGUCGUGCCAGAAGCUGAACGGGAGUGAUGACCGCGUGGAGUUUGCCAGCAACCUGGCCGAUAUCAUCAUGGGAAUCGUCCAGUACAACAAGGAGGUGCCAGGCAGAGACAUUGCCAAACUGUGCGGGAUCAUGACCAAUCAGAAGCUGGGCUCUGUCUACCAGAGGUUGAUGGUCAUCAACAAGGACUACAUGGAAAGCAUGGAGCUGCGAUGUGUGGACAACUCCUACCAGAACGCACUGGCCAACUUGAGGAGUACAGAGGUGAAACCGUACACUGUGGCAGAGCGUCAGUGGUACUACCAGACAUGCACAGAGUUUGGUUACUACCAGACCUGCGAGGACAAGAGCUGCCCACUCUCCCGUUGGCUGACGUUGCAAUUCCAAGUGGACAUAUGUGCCCAGGUGUUUGGUAUUGACCCAGGCAGUGUUCAGGGGGCUGUUGAUUUCACCAAUGAUUAUUAUGGAGCUGAUCACCCAGCAUCCAGUCGCAUCAUCUUUGUCAAUGGUGACAUUGAUCCAUGGCAUUCACUCAGUGUGCUGAAGAACCAGUCGCAUUCUGAAGUGGCCUUGAUCAUUAAUGGUACCGCACAUUGUGCAAACAUGCUUCCUACGGAGCAGGAGGACUCACCAUCUCUCCGACAAGCCAGACAGAAAAUUGAUAAUCAGAUUGGAGCAUGGUUGGCUGAGGAACAUCUGUCUUCAUGGUAACAGUGAUCUAAAACUCCAACCCCAGGAAGAGUGUACCUCUUGCUCAGUGACUGGUUGUACAGUGUAAUUCCAAUUUUUAUUUAAAUUUUUUUUUUGGGAAAGCUUUUGCACACUAACCUGCCCCAGUCACUGGGAAUUUUUUUUUUCAGGAAUCUGUUCUUCUCUUCUCCACCCC